UGGUGUUGUAGUGGUGUAUACUGUAGAUAGUGGUGUUGUAGUGUUGUAUACUGUAGAUAGUGGUGUUGUAGUUAUUCCAACAGUCAUUUGACAGAUAAUCUGAGAGAUGGGGGACGAUGUGACGAACUGUUAGGGGGCGUUGUAAUCAGAGAGAUAUUCAGUGUUUCACUCGAUCAAUCAAUCAAUCAAUCAAUCGAUCAAUCAAUCAUGCAGUACUUUAGAGUGGAUCUACAUCAAAAGCCCCCCCCCCACCCAAAAAAGUGGGUGUUGUUUAGACGUGUCAUUACUGUGAUAUUUGAACGGCAGGUGGAAGAGAAGCACUAACAGCCGUACGUCCUGAACCAUCUGACUGUAUGUCUGUCCGACAGGAAGAGCUGGAGCACGACGACCACUGCUCUGUGUGUAAAGGGGACGGAGAGCUGCAGCUAUGCCACAACUGCCCCAGAGCCUACCACCCUGACUGCCUGCACCCACCUCUCAAAACACCGCCCCGGGGGGUCUGGGUUUGCACCAAGUGUCAGAAGAAGGUUCUGAACAAAGAGAACAUGUCGUGGCCACAGAACUUUGUCCAGUCCUAUGUGACACACAAGACCGUGAGAGAGGGGGAGAAGAGGAGUCUGCUCAGGAGGAAUGUAGAGCUGAAGAAGGAGUGUGCUCACCUGGAGGAACAGGACCAGCAACUCAGCACGUCCCUCACGCAGAAGGUGAUGGGCGUGCGGGAGCGUCUGAUUGGUCAACAGAGGGACACCCAGUCCUCCCUGGAGCGUCUCAAGGCUCUGAUUCGUCUGAUCCAAAGAGACCAGAUGAUCCAGGUUACCAUGACAGCUACCGCUACCACCACCGGAGUGUCCCUGCUCUCCCUGCCCUGGAUCAAACCCUCUGGUGCCGCCACACACACAGUGCCCCCUGCUGGACCGUCUAUGCUACUGCAGCAGAAGACUCUGGUCAUGCCACAGUCUCAGAGCCAGGCUCAGGGCAAUGUCUGAGCUCUAGUAGUACCACCCCAGCCCACCAGGGGGCCACAGUUCACAGUCCAAGGCUGCGCCACAAAUGACACUCUAUUCCCUAUAUAGUGUAGAACUUUUAAUAAACAGACCCAUAGGGGAAGUUUAAAAUACAUGUCCAUUUGACAUCAGAGCCCUGGUCUAAAGUAGUGCACUAUAUAGGGAAUAGGGCUCUGGUCUAAAGUAGUGCACUACAUGGGGAAAAGGGCUCUGGUCUAAAGUAGUGCACUAUAUAGGGAAUAGGGCUCU